GAAGAUGGCGGGCCUGGCGUCCUGAGAGCCGUGGGUCACCGUGCUCUCCUCCCGCCCGCGUUCCAGCUCCCGGGGUCGUGGGGCAGCGGCGCGCCCGUCAGCGGGCCGGCCUAGCCAGGCGGCGCCUCCGGGCAGGCCAGGAGUCCAGUUCGUGCUUGGCCCCCGGGAGCCGGCGGGUCGGGGGCGGCGCCCGACCCGAGCGGGAGAAGGCGGGAGAGCUCGCGGGGUGCGAGGCGAGGGGCGGCCGGCUGGGCAGCAUGAGUCAGCAGCGGCCGGCGCGGAAGCUGCCCAGCCUGCUCGUGGACCCGGCGGAGGAGACGGUGCGCCGCCGCUGCCGAGACCCCAUCAACGUGGAGGGCCUGCUGCCAUCAAAAAUAAGGAUUAAUUUAGAAGAUAAUGUACAAUAUGUGUCCAUGAGAAAAGCUCUGAAAGUGAAGAGACCUCGUUUUGAUGUAUCACUGGUUUAUUUAACUCGAAAAUUUAUGGAUCUUGUCAGAUCUGCUCCUGGGGGUAUUCUUGACUUAAACAAGGUUGCAACAAAACUAGGAGUACGAAAACGAAGAGUGUAUGACAUCACCAAUGUUUUGGAUGGAAUUGAUCUUGUUGAAAAAAAGUCUAAGAACCAUAUUCGAUGGAUAGGAUCUGAUCUUAGCAGUUUUGGAGCGGUGCCCCAACAGAAGAAGCUGCAGGAGGAACUUUCUGAUUUAUCGGCGAUGGAAGAUGCUCUGGAUGCGUUAAUUAAGGAUUGUGCCCAGCAGUUGUUCAAGUUAACAGACGACAAAGAAAAUGAAAGACUAGCAUACGUGACGUAUCAAGAUAUUCAUAGCAUUCAAGCCUUCCAUGAACAGAUUGUAAUUGCAGUUAAGGCUCCGGCAGAAACCAGAUUGGAUGUUCCAGCGCCCAGAGAAGAUUCUAUCACAGUACAUAUCAGGAGCACUAAAGGGCCUAUUGAUGUUUAUUUAUGUGAAGUGGAGCAGGAUCACUCAGGUCACAGAGUGUCGGACGGUGUAGGGGCCUCUUCGUCUGAAAGCAGACAUCCAGAGCGCACUCCCGCUGAGAAAGAAGAAGAUCCUCCACAGCAAAGUGAAGAACUGCUUGAAGUGAGCAAUUGAUGGCAUUUGAGGAUUCGUGCAUUGAGUCUUUUGGGGACAUCCUGUGUGGAUGAAUUAUGCAUUAGAUGUGAUUCUCAGAGCAAUAAAUCAUCCCAGACAUUUUCUCAUUCUCAGUAGCAGCCGUAAGGCCAGGAGUACCUUCGAGUAGUUCACUACUUAGAUUACUGGAUAAUUAUGCUUUCUGCAUUUGAAAACAACUCUUUUUAUAAUUAUUCACUGCUUUUUGUCAGUGAAAUAGACAUCUUGCCUACUGAAAUUACUAAAUCACCCAGAGUAUCACUGAAACAGACAGGCAGGCUGGAUGGACAGUUCUUAGUGGACCCUGCCCUUUGCUGCAUGGAUCAUGUGUCAUUAUCACAAAAGAAAUUGCCUUACACGGGUUCAUGUCUGCAAUGGAUGGGUGUACGCACGCAUCUGGACAUGAUGUCUUUGUAUAUAUUUGUAUAAUGUUUAGAUCACUUAUGAAAUAUGUCUAAGUGAAACUUUUCACCUUUGUACAGCCAAAAUAAUGUAUAUAUGGAAAGUAACACAUAUUCUCUAAUUUCUGUGGUAUCUAUAACUUAUUAGAAUCCUCUGAAUGAGGGUUAGAGGAGAGUUUUUUCCAAACUUCUACAUGUAGAAGUAUCAUAAAUAUGCUAUACAUUUAAAGUUCGUAGAUUUAAUGAAGGUAUUUCAAUACGGUUCCCAGCGCUAAACUUGGACUUCAAGCUCCCUACAGAGUCAUUGUGUCUGAACAGACUGGUGGCACGCCCCAAGCCUUAGGGGCAAGUGUACAAAUGCCAUCAGGUCAUGGCCUAAUUCCUUGCAAGACAUGAAUACAAUCAUGAUGAGAAUUGGAAACUAUUUUAACCUUUUUUGCAAUCAGGUUUUGUCAUAUGUUUCUGUAUGCAGCCUUGCUCUUCAGUCAAAGGGGUUUACUUACGAUGAGUUAGUGGUACCCUGCCCUCUCUCCAGCUCUAGUCCCACGUUUCCAAGUACCUAGCUAUUUCUACCUCAUUGGGUAAGUCAUUACCACUCUGUGCCUCAGUUUACUCAGUAGUUAACCAUUAGACUGUGAGCUCCUUGAGGGACUUUGUCUUAAUCAUUGUUAAACCCAGCGACUUGCACCACGCCUAGCACAUAAAAAGUGCUCAGUAAAUGUUUGAACAAAUCAGUGAGUGAGUGAGUGAGUGAAUGGUAAAAUUAGACUAAUAAUACUUGGCUUAUAUAACAUACAAGGUUCUUGUGUCAUUCAAAUUCAUAUUUUAAACUUCUCUUGCUUUCAAAGAAAGAAUUGAAGCAACGUGAAAUUAAGACCAUGUAUAUAGAGCUAGCAUAGGAAUCAGAAAUCAAAGUACUGAAAAAUAAUGCUGAGUAUGUAGGACUGGCACACCUCUGGGCUCCAGCGGCUUUUGCCAGUCCCGUCCCGCUGCCGAGCACCAGCCUCUUCCCUCCUCACGGUCCGCGCCGGCUGCCUCUUGUCGGCCCGGGACUGCUUGCCGUGCUCCUCCUCUUGGGCACGUGCGGUGAACCUGAGGGUCCAGGCAGAAGGUGUGUGUAGAGAUCAGGUGCUCCGUGGAGAGGUCCAGGCUCUGCCUUGUAGAGUUGGCAGCUGUCGGUCAUAUGUGACGGCUAAACAUGAGAGUGGAUGAAGUCACCUAAUGAGAGGGUACAGCAGAAGAGGGAGAGGCCCAUUAACAUUUAUUUUAAGGGGAAAUACAGAAGAAAAGGCUUUUCCUGAGAAGGAAUAAUGAGAGGAAGGGAAAAUAAACAACUAAAGAAGGCGGUGCCCCCAAAACCAACAAAGAAAGCAUGGCCGCAGGUGAUAGCAUCGUUUCUAAGCAGCAGCUCCUUACUUGUGAAAUGUGAUAAAUGUUCUACUUUGCAAAUUGCUCUGAGAGUAAAAUGAGAUCAUGUAAACGAAAGUCCUUUGUAACUGUAGACGUGUUACAUAAAUGCAUCUCUCUCCUGUCACUCC